GACGGCUCCUUCUCCGCCGUUCCCAUCACCUGAAUCAGCCCCGAUCCCCGGGGUUUCGCCGGCUCCUCCCAAGCCCGGCCCUCCAGCCCCCUCCGGGCGGGCGCCUCCCCUCCUCCAACCCCCCGGCAGAGCCCAGUGGGGGCUGGGGGCGGAGCUUCUCGGCCGGGGGCUAGAAGCGCGGCAGGGAGGCGCUGGCACAGCGGUGGGUUCCAGACUCGCCGCCGCCGCCGCCGGGCCUGGGGCAGCAUGGCUGAGGGCGUGUGAGCGCCGAGCACGAGGGGCUGCAGCCACCAUGCCAGGGGGCGCGGGCGCCGCCCGGCUCUGCCUGCUGGCGUUCUUCGCUCUGCUGCUGCCCCAGCCGCGGGCGGCGCGGGAGCCUGGAUGGACGGGAAGAGGAGGUGGGGACAGCAGCCCCCGGCUACAGCAUGAACUCAUAAUACCUCAGUGGAAGACUUCAGAAAGGUUCAUGAGAGAAAAGCAUCCACUUAAAGCUGAGCUCAGGGUAAUGGCCGAGGGACAAGAACUGAUCAUGGACCUGGAGAAGAAUGAGCACCUUUUUGCUCCAGCCUACACAGAGACCCACUAUACUCCAAGUGGCGAUCCUCAAACCACGACGCUGAAAUCUGAGGAUCACUGCUUUUACCAUGGGAUGGUAAGGAAGGCAGAACAGUCCAGCGUCACACUCAGCACCUGCCGAGGAAUUAGAGGACUGAUUGUGGUGAGCAGCAACCUGAGCUACAUCAUUGAGCCCCUUCCUGACAGCGAGGGCCAACACCUUAUUUACAGAUCUGAACAUCUCAAGCUGCCCCCGGGGAACUGUGGGUCUGAGCACUCCAAGCUCACCACCAGGGACUGGGUCCUUCAGUUUACACAGCAAACCAAGAAACGACCUCGCAGGAUGAAAAGGGAAGAUUUACACUCCAUGAAGUACGUGGAGCUUUACCUCGUGGCCGACUUUGCAGAGUUUCGGAAGAACCGUCUAGACCAGGAAGCCACCAAACACAAGCUCAUAGAGAUCGCCAACUAUGUCGAUAAGUUUUACCGAUCCUUGAAUAUUCGGAUUGCUCUCGUGGGCUUGGAAGUCUGGACUCAUGGGGAUAUGUGUGAAGUUUCAGAGAAUCCGUACUCUACUCUCUGGUCAUUUCUUAGUUGGAGACGCAAGCUGCUUGCCCAGAAGAAUCAUGACAAUGCACAGUUAAUCACGGGCAGGUCCUUCCAAGGAACCACCAUUGGCCUGGCCCCCCUCAUGGCCAUGUGCUCUGUGUACCAGUCUGGAGGAGUGAACAUGGACCACUCUGAGAAUGCCAUUGGCGUGGCUGCCACCAUGGCCCAUGAGAUGGGCCACAACUUUGGCAUGAGUCAUGACUCUGCAGACUGCUGCUCUGCCAGUGCCGCUGAUGGUGGCUGCAUCAUGGCAGCUGCCACUGGGCACCCUUUCCCCAGAGUAUUCAAUGGAUGCAACCGGAAGGAGCUGGACAGGUAUCUGCAGUCUGGUGGUGGAAUGUGUCUCUCCAACAUGCCAGACACCAGGACGCUAUAUGGAGGCCGGAGGUGUGGAAAUGGGUACCUGGAAGAUGGAGAAGAGUGUGACUGUGGGGAGGAAGAGGAAUGCAACAACCCCUGCUGCAAUGCCUCUAACUGCACGCUGAGGGAAGGGGCCGAGUGUGCCCAUGGCUCCUGCUGUCACCAGUGUAAGCUGCUGGCUCCUGGCACCCCGUGUCGUGAGCAGGCCCGGCAGUGUGACCUCCCGGAGUUCUGCACUGGCAAGUCUCCCCACUGCCCCACCAACUUCUACCAGAUGGACGGAACCCCCUGCGAGGGCGGCCAGGCCUACUGCUACAACGGCAUGUGCCUAACCUACCAGGAGCAGUGCCAGCAGCUGUGGGGUCCUGGAGCCCAGCCUGCCCCUGAUGUCUGCUUUGAGCAGGUGAAUGUGGCUGGAGACACCUUUGGAAACUGUGGGAAGGACAUGAACGGUGAACACAGGAAGUGCGAUAAGAGAGAUGCCAAGUGUGGGAAGAUCCAGUGUCAGAGCUCUGAGGCCCGGCCCUUGGAGUCCAACGCAGUGCCCAUCGACACCACCAUCUUCUCGAAUGGGAGGUAUAUCCGAUGCCGGGGCACCCACGUCUACCGAGGCCCUGAGGAGGAGGGGGACAUGCUGGACCCUGGCUUGGUGAUGACCGGGACCAAGUGUGGCUUCAACCACAUCUGCUUCGAGGGGCAGUGCAGGAAUACCUCCUUCUUUGAGACCGAGGGCUGUGGGAGGAAGUGCAGUGGCCAUGGGGUCUGCAACAACAACCAGAACUGCCACUGCUUCCGGGGCUGGGCCCCGCCUUUCUGCAACACUCCUGGCCAAGGGGGAAGCAUUGACAGUGGGCCCAUGCCUCCCGAAAGUGUUGGUCCCGUGGUAGCUGGAGUGGUGGCAGCCAUCGUCACCCUGGUGAUCCUUAUGCUGAUGUACUACUACUGUAAACAGAACCACAAACUGGGCCAACUCAAGCCUUCGGCCCUCCCUUCCAAGUUGAGACAGCAGUUCAGUUGUCCCUUCAGGGUAUCUCAGAACGGCGGAACAGGUCAUGCCAACCCAACUUUCAAGCUGCAAACCCCCCAGGGCAGGCGGAAGGUGACCAGCACCCCUGAAACCUUGCGGAAGCCCUCCCACCCUCCCCCCCGGCCCCCUCCAGACUAUCUGCACGGUGGGACCCCACCUGCACCACUGCCAGCUCACGUGAGCAAGGCUGCUAGGAACUCCCCAGGGGCCUCGACUCAGUUAGAAAGGAAGGAGUCGUCCAGGAGGCCUCCCCCAAGCCGGCCAGUACCCCCUGCACCAACCUGCGUCCUGUCCCGGGAUUUCUCCAGGCCUCGGCCGCCCCAGAAGGCGCUCCCAGCAAACCCAGUGCCUGGCCGCAGGACCCUCCCCCGACCAGGGGCAGCCCCCACACCACGGCCUCUUGCUGCUGGCUCUCAACAGGCCCAACCUCUGAUAGCACCUGUCCCCAAGUUGCCAGAAUACAGACUGCAGAGGACUGGGGUGAUGACCAGCUCCAAAAUCUAGAUCUGUCCCAGGGACCAGUCUCUGGACACCACCAGGAUCCACGGCCACAGAGGCUUCCAGGGGCAGCACAAGUGGCCGCCUCUGGGCUCCUUCUCCUGCCGCCUCCUGGAACCACCACAUCUCCAGAAGUCUGCUGCGUGAUUCAGUGCCUCCUCGGCUUCCUUGGAUGCCCAGAGUGACCACCGCCCAGUGGCUUCUAAGUGUUGCUGUGUGCAGUGCACGAGAACCACCCGGGCCGGGCGGGGAAGCGCGGAGGAGGAUGAAGAGCUGCCUCUCCCCCGACCACCCAGCCCACCUUUGCCAAUGGAGGUGGCCGGUAGCCUGAGCCAGCUUGGGAGUCUGUUCUGCUCCUCGGGCCAGGACUGAUCUGGGAGCCCCCAUGCACCCAGGUUCCAGGUGGUGGCUGCGCAUGAGAGCUUUCCAUUGCUUCUGUCGCCCUUUAAGGGCCUGGGCCACGCAGCGGCUGGGCACUUACUUGUCCCUUCUAGCUUUGAGGGGUCAAGGAAGAGUGGAACCAGCCCCUGCGGUGGCCCUGUCCAGGGCUUGGUCAAGGUGACAGCUCCUGGCUGUGGCUGCAUGAGACAAACCAAGUCCCCUCCCCGUCUCCCCCCGCCACGCUCCCUUGUUCACACGGGUCACUCCGACUCCGACAGGUACUAUUUGCAGGUGAUGUAGACAGCAGGGGGAGCACCAGGCCGGGGCCUCCUCUGAGCCGUGAUGCCAAAGGUUUCAACUCUCAACUCUGGAUCAGUCCUGGUUGCCCUUCAGGUUCUCUUCUGCACUUUCCUAGUGCCCUGGGCAUUUGUCUCUUCCUUCCCCCUCCCACUGUCCCCUUCCAAUGUGUGGUGCUGUAGUGAGCGCACCCUCAGCCAUCCCAGCCUCCUGGUGUCCCGGUGCUCGUGGCCUGCGCGUCAGGUUCCUGCCUCAUGCGGUGGCCGCUGGAUCUCAAGUGUUGACCAGAGUAGACUUGGGUCAUGGCCACGGGGGUCUUAUCUUUAUUUCUCUUUGUGUUGUAUGAACUCAGCAGGGCAAGGGUCUUCCUCCUUGUUUCCCCUGAAUGGCAGCAGGUGUAGUGGAGCAGGCAGACACCCCGAGAACAAGCAUGCACAAGCGAGCCAGCCCGUCCCUGGCGUCUCCUCAGCAGUAGAGGUGGACUCCCUGCCCUCUGAGCAGGGAGCAGGCGUGUUUACAAUGAAGGAAGUGGUCUAGGGCCCUGCAACAGUCUGAGCCCGGCUCCCGCUCUCCCUCCCGGCCAGGUGUCUCAUCCUCCGCUGCUCUUUGUUCUGCCCUUCUGGCCCCUGUCCUUCCUGAGCCUCCCAGAAAGAGCAGGGUGGGGGACUGCACUCCCUGGGGCUGGUGUCCUCCGAGGGGCCAGGAAGAAGGGCCGCGUGGUGCUCUGCUGGACAGGACCGCCCUCCCCAGGCCGCUGGAGAUGUCCUGGGAGAGGUGCUGGCUUGCUCUCGGAGGGUCUCACUGCUGACUCUCACUGCUGAGGGUCUCCCACCUCCUGCACUGAGCAGCUGUGUUUGCUCUUGCUUACCUCCUGGAGGAGGUGGAGGCCGAGCUCUUCACUCCCCACCACCACUCCAGGGCCUCCCGAUGGUUCUCAACACACAGUAGGUGCUUCAUCGGGAGUUGGUAGACAAGUGGGAGAACGGGGAUGUGCCCUUGCGAACCAACAUGGGAAGGAGGGUGAAACGCUCUCAGGAAAAUGGGUUGCCCUUUGCUCAGGGUGGCUGGGAUGCUCACUCAGCUCGUCCUAGCCUGGCCCUCCUGGCCCCCACACCCACUUCCCUGCCUUCCUUGUGCUACAUUGAAUCGCAAGGCAGCCCAGGCCAGUGUGCCAUACCAAGUACCCCUGCUGCAUGAUGGGCCCCAGGACAGUAAAGGUGAAGAUGCCCCCCCCCACAAGCAAAUGGGAGAAAACGCACCCUAGACCCUCCUGUGGCUCCCCAAGCCUUCACCUCACUCCAGGAGGUGGGUGGCCUUGGAGUGACUGCAUGAGCCUUUCCGAAAGCCACGCUUGCUAGAACUAGCCAGAAAGGUUGUUGCUUUUUGUUUUGUUUCUGUUUUCAGUAUUAUAGUGCCACCUCCAGCCCUUAAAACCGUACUGUGAACUGGAAGAUGGUGGAGUUUUUUUUGAGUUUGGUAGAAACCAAAAGAAGCCAGUUCUGGUUCCCAGUUCUGGUUCCCAGUUCAGUUCUGGUUCUGCUCAACAGGCCAGCGAGGCUGCCCCAGAGGAAGGCCCACCUUCACACACCCACUUGCCCUCCAGCACCCAGUGUGCUUCUUUGGGGUGGCAAAUAGCCCACCCCCUAAAAUCCACACUUAGGGAAGAACAGACUGCAUUCUCAAGGGAAUGUGGGGCUGUUGGAGCCGGGAGAGUGCUCAGACCCACCCAGCCGAGAUGUGCAAGCGCCUCACCGCCCAGGCAGGCAGGACAGAGCAGUGCACAGGGACGGCUGGGCCACCUUUUUUGGGAGGCAGCAUGAGGACUGGGAAGAGGGUGUCAGUGGUCCAGGCUCAGGGAGGGGCAAAGCCCAGGGUCUUGUGGGGAGGAGCGAAGCUGGGAGCCCAGGUCUGUGAGUUAACUGGCACUUUCGCCCAGAUGGAGAUGUGUAAGCAAUCUUUUUAAAAGCCACACUAGCCUCCUGCCAGGUUUACAACCCUGGGAUGUUCUUAAGGGUCCUGGAGCCACCUCUGAACUGUAAGCCACAAGGGAGGUGGUACCCCUUCCUCCUGGUGUGGCAAGCAGGGAGGAGUUAGCCUCUUCCCCUAUGGCUGCAGCCCCUUACUGCCUCUUGCAAUGAUCCUUUUGAGUAAAGACCCUGCCCCCAGCCGUGACCUAAUUCUUAUUUGACAGAGGGUACGCAAGACUUGCAAGUUCAAAGUUGGGGCCCAGUUCUCAAGUCAGUAAUUAUGUGAAAAGCGUGUACAACAGCUCGCUGGAUGCCCUUGCAAGCCAGGGGAAUGCUAAGUUGAAAGGUGCCCUUGUACCAAGGAGACCUGCUAAUGUAAGGCUCUGCAGAACUUGAGCCCAGCACCCCUAGAGCUGCCCUUCAUGCAUCCCCUCAAACCUUCCAGUGUGUGUACCUGUGUGUCUGGGAUCCAGGGCAAUGUGAAUUUUAUUUUUAUUUAGGAGAUUGUUCACGGAAAACAGAUCCUUUUCUCUCUUGUCCACCUAUUAAUUGUUUACAAUAUUUGUACAUCUAUGCAAAAUACUUGAAUGGGCCAUGGUGCCUUUUUUUUUCCUUGUUUGUAUUUAAUUAAAAUGAAUUGUCUGUCAUUUGGAAUGUUA